UCCUUCAUUUGGGAUCUGGUAGCCAUCUCCCGAGGCAGGGUCCAGGAGGUGGGGAGGGAUCCGGCCGGGGUCCGGGGUUGCCGCAGAGGCCCUCACUGGUUCCGCCCCAGGCUAGCGGCGGCUCGGUGCGCCACGCCCCGCGCAGUCAGCUGGACGGCGCGGACGUUCACGUGACGCGGGGCGGUACGGAGCGGACAGGUGGGCGGGAGGAAACCGAACAGCGGGAUCAGCGGCUGCGGCGGCGCACUACCGGCAUGGCCGCUCUCUACGGGGGUGUAGAGGGGGGAGGCUCACAGUCCAAGGUCCUUUUACUCUCAGAGGAUGGGCAGAUCCUGGCAGAAGCGGAUGGACUCAGCACAAACCACUGGCUGAUCGGGAAAGACAAGUGUUUGGAGAGGAUCAACGAGAUGGUGAACAGGGCCAAGAUGAAAGCGGGGGUGGAUCCUCUGGUCCCUCUACGAAGCUUGGGCCUGUCCCUGAGCGGAGGGGAGCAGGAGGACUCGGUGAAGAUGCUGACGGAGGAGCUGAGGGACCGAUUUCCCUACCUGAGUGAAAGCUAUUUAAUCACCACCGAUGCUGCCGGCUCCAUCGCCACGGCUACGCAGGAUGGUGGGAUCGUGCUCAUCUCUGGGACAGGUUCCAACUGCAGGCUUAUCAACCCGGAUGGCUCAGAGAGUGGCUGUGGCGGCUGGGGCCACAUGAUGGGGGACGAGGGCUCAGCCUACUGGAUUGCACACCAAGCAGUGAAAAUAGUGUUUGACUCUAUUGACAACCUAGAGGCGGCUCCUCAUGACAUUGGCUACAUCAAACAGGCAAUGUUCAACUAUUUCCAGGUGCCAGAUCGGCUAGGAAUCCUCACCCACCUGUAUAGGGACUUUGAUAAAUGCAGGUUUGCUGGGUUUUGCCGGAAAGUUGCAGAAGGUGCUCAGCAAGGAGAUCCCCUUUCCCGUUUUAUCUUCAGGAAGGCUGGGGAGAUGCUGGGCAGACACAUUGUGGCUGUGUUGCCUGAGGUUGACCCGGUCUUGUUCCAGAGGGAGAUGGGCCUCCCCAUCCUGUGUGUGGGCUCUGUGUGGAACAGCUGGGAGCUGCUAAGGGAAGGUUUCAUUCUGGCACUGACCCGGGGCAGAGAGAAACAGGCCCAGAACUCCUUCUCCAGCUUCACCCUGAUGAAGCUGCAACACUCCUCUGCCCUGGGCGGGGCCAGCCUAGGGGCCAGGCAUAUUGGGCACCUCCUCCCCAUGGACUACACUGCCAAUGCCAUUGCCUUCUACUCCUACACCUUCUCCUAGGGGGCUGGCCCUGGCUCUACCACUACAAGCCCAGUGGACACUGAGUAUUGGAAAGGAGGAGGCUUUUUUCCUUUUCCUUUUUUUUUCUUUUUUUAAAGAAAAACAUAUAUGAAAGAAAAUAAACACACUUUACCCACUCCCCAAUUGGAUUGUGUUAUCAAGCACACUUGCUGUGUACAUCCUCAGGGCACCUGCCAGUAGGUAUCCUAUAAAGCUCAGGAAUGGUUUUAGUCUAGGAUUUAAAGCCCUGUGCCCAGGUACUUGGCCUGUGGUUUGCGAUCUGCUUGCCACGCAGUUGCAUAGAACAUUCACGUGUGCCAUCCCUCCCCAGCACCCCCAACAUUAGCAUAUGUACAUGCUGUGCGGCUGCCAGUUAAACAGUGACCUCAGUUGUCUCCUGUCAAAAUGGGUAAUGAUGCCUAUACAGCCAUUUUUAAGGAGCUAAAGGUUUUCUGUGGAGAACAUCACAGGGACUAACCUUAGACACACCCUCACCUCCUGAGAGCCCCGGUAGGGUUUAGGGGACAGUACCAUUCUGGUCUCAGAGAAUUACCUCACUGGAUUUGGUGCCUCUAGGUAAACAGCACAUUUUGCAGUUUUUCCCCACGAAUGAGUUCUUGAGAGGUUAUGAGGAUGACUUAGAUCCAAGAAGGCCAAUUAGACACAACUAGGUGGCCUCCAUAUUCCUGGUAACUCCUAGCCUGGCUCUGGUUAUAGAAGACAUUUUGCAUUUGUUGUGUGACACAUAAUAAUGAACAUCAGUGAAGAGCAGAUAGGAUUCCUGUCCUCUGGAUACUGUUAGUUUGGUCAGUAAAGACCAGGCCAAAGCUUCCUGUUUUGCUGCCCAUGCUGCUCGGUGAAGACCAAAGACGGAGUCUCUGUCCACAAUGGCUGCUUCUGUAGAUGUUCGUUCAGAGUGUAAGCUGUUAGAAGGCAUGGACCAUGUAUCAGACAUUGGUUCUCAAGCUUAUGUGCAUCAGUUAUUCUAGAUUGUGUUAUCAACACAAAAGACUUUUGUCUUUCUCUUCUAUAAGGUGUCUGAUUCAGUAGGUCAAAGAAGAGGUGGAAAUGUUCUUUUUUGCUGAAUACCUUGGGUGAUUUGUGCUGCAGAGAUCCAGCACAUGUAAAAAACUUUGAGAAGUUUUUUUACAUGAUCUCAGGACCAGGAUCAAUCAGUAUUUUGGAUUUAGAAUCUAAAACUUCAUUGGUGGAGAGUGUACAAAUAGAACAUAAAUAUAAGAGUUCAUAUUCUUCAAGAAUAUGGCCAUCCCUCUUCCUUACCAUUCAUUGUCUAGGCUCUGCUAUUCCAGUGGGACACUACAGGUUUUAGAGCCAAGCAAGGAGCACAUCUUAAUUGAUUUUUUAGUCCCCGUGCAUAAGGGUUGAAUAAAUGUUAGUUGAGA